AUGGUUGAAAUCUCUCAUCUGUGCACUUCUUGGCGCCUGAUGUUGGGUGUCUCUUGGCUGUUGGUCGUAAUGAUAAACGGCUCUUACUGCGCAUCUGAUGUCCCUAUUACCACCCUCCUGCGUGCGUCUGAAGAUCAGCAAGGAUUAUGGCUACGAGCAACUCGCGAACAUGGACAAGGUCAAUCUCCCUGCGCAUCGCAAACAUUCAACGGUGAUCUGCCGCUUGGUCCAAGUGCCAUCAUUGCUACGGGGAAGCAAUACUGUUGUUACCGCAUUCUGCCUCAAAUCACGGAGGGGCAAUCAAGAAUGACACAUGGCUUUAUAAGUACAUUGAGCCACCUGAAUGUAGGCGAGGUGUUUCACGGGCUUUUGGUAGGGGCCGAUUACUCACUGCUCCCUUGUCAACGUCACUCUACAUCUACACUGAGUCGCUCAAAAUUGAGGAAGAAGAAUGACGAGAACAUGUCCGCAGAUGUCAAGCAUCAGAUUGGUCGAGGGUGCUACAUGUGUGACGGCCGACGAGGACUGAUCUUUCAGAUGACCGAAGCGGAUGAAUCAGUCCAUCUCGCCCACGAACCUGACUCCAGAGUAUUCCGGCUGCGCAGAGUUCCUGUUCCAGGCAUGUGGCCCCAUGGCCCCCAAGUCUGA